CCCGGGAGGGAGGGAGAGAGGCGCCGAGGGGCAGCAGGAACCCGGGAGGCGCCGAGGGGCAGCAGGAACCCGGGAGGGAGGGAGAGAGGCGCCGAGGGGCAGCAGGAACCCGGGAGGGAGGGAGGGAGGCGCCGAGGGGCACCCUGAGCCCCGGGAGGGAGAGAAGGGCAGCCGGAGCCCCAGGAGAGAGGGGCAGCGGAGUGCAUCAGGAGCCCGGGGGGGAGAGAGAGAGGUGCCGAAGGGCAGCCGGAGCCCCGGGAGAGAGGGGCAGCGGAGUGCAUCAGGAGCCCGGGGGGGAGAGAGAGAGAGAGGCGCCGAAGGGCAUCAGGAGCCCCGGAGAGAGGGAGGGGCGCCGAAGGGCAGCCGGAGAGCGAGGCACAGAGGACAGCAGGAACCCAGCGGCCUGCCCAACGAGAAAAGCUGAGCUGGUGCAGAGAGGCGCUGAGAGAAAAAUGUCUGAACUCACUCCAAGAAAGAGGAAACCUAGUUCUUCUAAACAUAAUUGUCAAGGCUAUACUCCCAUCAACUCUGCAACAUCAGGAACACCGACAAGAAAAAGAAUACUUAAUUUUGAUGGUGUUGACUGUUCAUCAAAAAUGUCAUCACCUAAGUUAACAACCUCAUCAAAGUUAUUAUGUUCUCAAAACGAUUGUAAUUAUAAAGAAAAUCAUUUGGACAACUGUGCUUCGCCACACAUGUUGCCUAUUAAUGAACAUCAGUGUGAUUCACAAAAAUCCUCUCAACUGACUUCCAAUGGAAAUGACUGUACACAAGAGUCUGUUGUGCCUCCAAAGUCUUUUUACAGGAAGGAAAAGCAGCUGUAUCUCACCCCUCUUGAAAGAAAAUUGAUCAGUCAGAACAGGCCUUUCAAGUCUGUCACUACAACUCAACAAUCUGAAAUAGAAAGUGAAAAAUCUCAAGCAAAGAAACCAAUGGGAAUAAAAGAAAAGUUGUCAAAUGUUUCUAAAACUCCAUUUGAUUCAAAGGAAUUGCAAAUAACUAAAAACAAAGUUGAAUCUAAUGCCCCUUCAAAACGGACCCAUUGGAAGGAAAGUGUAUGUUGUGGACCUAAGACCAAAACGCUGACUUUUAAUUCGAAAAUAAAUGGUUUGAAGGUACAGCAAAGGCCUAGAAUUCAAAAAGGAGCAGCUUUCUUUUCCACAGGCAGAAAAUCUCAGCCCUGGUUCAAGAAGAAUCUUCCAGACUCUGGCAACAAAUCAUUUUCAUCUGAUCGCAGAAUCCAACAACGUAAAAGCAACACCAAAGAUGUUGUCAAAGAGUCUGAUGAGAAAGAUCUUCCACCAGGUGAUCACAGAAAUGAAUUGAAUGAUAGGAUUAAUGACAACACUUCUGAAAUGAAAACCAAACCAGGAAAGCAAGGAAAUGUUGAAAACCUGCACACCUAAGCCAGUUUAGUCAAUGUUUUGCUUACUAAAGAGUUGAGGGUGGUACUUCAGAGAACUGAAGUGAAACAAUCCAAUUGUCCAAUAUUGGAGAAGUCAUUGCAACAGAAAAAUUCAACAACAGAAAAUGAAAAUACUCGUGGUUUGAAGCAGAAAGAUGAGAGAACUCCACUGGAAGAAAAUACUGAAAAAAAUGAAGGCUUAUUGUCAACUGCUGCUGUCUACCCCAUUUUCAGUACUCGUCCCGGCAGUAAAAGAUAUGAACUGCCGAAAGAAGAAACUGCAGCUGCUAGAUCCAGUAAUUUUGUUCCUCUCCCCAAGAUGCCUUAUCAUACACCUAUACCAAAAAAUAAGAAGAAGGAUUUUGAUAAAGUGCCUUGUGAUCAGCUAAUAAUAGAUGCAGGUCAGAAGCACUUUGGACCUAUCAUGUGCAAGUCCUGUGGGAUGAUUUAUACAGCAGCCAACCCUGAGGAUGAAGUGCAGCAUAUACAAUAUCACCAAAGGUUCCUGGAGGGGCUUCGCUUUGUGGGAUGGAAAAAAGAGCGUGUUGUGGCAGAGUAUCUAGAUGGAAAGAUAAUAAUGAUUCUUCCAGAUGAUCCUAAAUAUGCUCUCAAAAAGGUGGAAGAAGUGAGAGAGUUAGUCGAUAACGGAAUUGGGGCUUUCAACAAGCCACAUUAAGCUCCCAGGCCAAAAGGCAAAACCUACAUGUUUAUCUCUAAUGAAAAGAAGAUAGUUGGCUGCCUUAUCGCAGAACAUAUCAAACAGGCCUUUCGGGUGCUUUCUGAACCUGCUGAUCAGAAGAUUACUGAGAACCAAGUAGUAUUUGAAUAUCGUCGUGCCUGGCAAUGUGCUACAAAGCCAGAAGAAGCUAUCUGUGGUGUGAGCAGAAUCUGGGUAUUUUGCAUGAUGAGAAGAAAGAAAAUUGCUAGCAGAAUGUUAGAUGCUGUACGAAAUACUUUCAUAUAUGGAACAUACCUGAGUAAGAAUGAAAUUGCCUUCUCUGACCCAACACCAUCUGGCAAGCUAUUUGCAACUAUGUAUAGUAAAACACCAAACUUUCUUGUUUAUAACUUGUUAACUUGAAAAGGAAAUUAGUUUAUUCUGGUAAUCAUUUACCUUUUGAAGUAUUUGGCUUUAACUUUUAGAUUUUAUGACAAAGCUAACAUUAAAAUCUCUUAACUUUAUUUGUAGAUGAAUCUCAAUGUUCAGUAUUUAGAAAUGUCUUUCUUUAUAAUACAGUGCAUUUAGCCAGUUUGAUCCAAGAAACAUUGCAGUGCUAACAGUUAUAAAAUAAUAUCCAUCUGGAUUUGUGGACAUUUUAAUUGAUAAAUAAAAGUAUGAACAUGUGUAGGUGUCAAGUUUCUGAAUUUGAACUAAGAAUUACAGUUUAAGUAUAUUUCAUGUUAUGAAACAUAACCUCUGCAAUAAUAACCUGUCAUUGAAUUUGAAUGACCAAAUUGUUUGUUUUUUGAUCUUCAGAUAUUUAAUCCAAUACAUCUAAAUAUGCAAUGUCUAAUUUAACAUUAGUCCUAGUAUAGUCUUGUGUCUUUUUUCCCCCUGUUAUUUUGAUCAAUCCAAAUAAUUCUUUGUAAAUGGCUUUAAUAUUUCUAUAAAAACAUGCUUAUGGAAAAUGGCAGUAAACAAUUAAGGGAUAAGUUUUGUUCUGUUCCAAGAAGUGUUCCAUUGCAAAUUUUUCUGCAAGUCUGAAAUAUUUCCUAAACUUGGAACACCAGUACACAACCAGCCAGUAAUUGCCUUUGUGAAAUUUACUGAACUGACAUGAAAUUGUAUUAUUAAUAUUUCCAAUGAAGUACAAAGUUAGAGCAUUAAUUAACCAAAUUAUGACAUUGUAAACACCAUUAGUGGGAACAGGAGUAGACCAUUUCAGUCCCUUGAGCCUGCUCUGCAGUCGCACAAUCCAGGGUGAGCUAGCUAAUUGGAUACAAAAUUUGCAUGACAGUACUUCAAUAUUUAGUCUGUAAACAACAAUCAAACAAUAUAACUGAGUUUUGCAUCACCAUGUGAUGUUCAGCUUUAAGGUCUGUUACUAGAGAGUGGAAAGAUUAGCUGCUCUGUAGCAUGAUUUUCUUUAAAUGAUCAGUCUGUAGUUUGAGAACCAGUUUUUAAUUUAAGAAAAAACUACAUGAGUAACAACAGCUCCUUAUGUAAAUAAGUCACUUUA